CCGCGCCCCAGCGCCCGGGGAGCCGAGGGGGGCGGGCGCCGAGGCUGGUCGCGCCCAGAUGCGGGUCGGGGCGGCGCGGGGCGGCGGCGGCAGGCGCCUGCGAGCCGGAUGCGGCGCGUGCAGGAAAGAUGCAUCCUGGAACGACCCCGAGCGCGGGCGCAGGACUCCGGGAGCCGCCGCCGCCGCCCCCCCGCAGGCUGCUGGCCGCCGUCCUGUGGAUCCAGCUGGCGCUGUGCUUCGGGCCCGCACAGCUCACGGGCGAUUGCCGUGUCCCUCAGAUCGAAGAUGCAGAGAUCCGUAACAAGACCUACAGACGCAGGGACACGCUGACGGUCGCCUGUCACGAGGGGUUCAGGAUCCGUUACCCCGACCCGUACAACAUGGUUUCCUUGUGUCGUGAUGACGGGACGUGGGACAACCUGCCCCUCUGUCAAGGCUGCCUGAGACCCCUGGCCUCUUCCAAUGGCUACGUGAACGUCUCCGACUUGCAGACCUCCUUCCCGGUAGGGACGGUCAUCUCCUACCACUGCUUCCCCGGAUUCAAGCUGGAGGGGGCCGAGUCCCUCGAGUGCUUGCACAGCCUCCUCUGGUCAUCCAGCCCACCCCGGUGCCUUGCUCUGGAAGUGUGUCCGCUGCCCCCCACGGUGAGUCACGGCGACUUCAUCUGCCACCCGCGGCCUUGCGAGCACUACAGCCACGGGACCGUACUGGAGUUCUACUGCGACCCCGGCUACAGCCUCACCAGCGACUACAAGUACAUCACGUGCCAGUACGGGGAGUGGUUUCCUUCCUACCAGGUCUACUGCAUCAAGUCAGAGCAAACGUGGCCCAGCCCCCACGAGACCCUCCUGACCACGUGGAAGAUCGUGGCGUUCACGGCGACCAGCGUGCUGCUGGUGCUGCUGCUCGUCAUCCUGGCCAGGAUGUUCCAGACCAAGUUCAAGACCCACUUUCCCACCAGGGGACCUCCCCGGAGCUCCAGCAGCGACCCAGACUUCGUCGUGGUGGACGGGGUGCCGGUCAUGCUUCCGUCCUACGACGAGGCUGUGAGCGGAGGGUUGGGGGCCUCGGGCCCCGGGUACCUGGCCGCCGUGGGCUGGGGCUGCCCUUUGCCUGUGGACGACCAGAGCCCCCCUGCAUACCCCGGCGCAGGGGACACGGACACGGGCCCAGGGACGUCCGAACCCUGUGACAGCAGCUCGGGCCCUUCUGAGCUGCUCCAGAGUCUGUACCCGCCUUCCGGGGGCCACGGGGGCCCACGCCCCGGCAGCGUGGACACGGGUGCUGGCUCGGUGGGAGAGGCGGCGUCCACCAGCCCAGGCAUCAACAUCGCAGACGAGAUCCCACUGAUGGAAGACGACCCGUAGCCAGCAGAUCCGCGAGGACCCCCACCCUCCGGGGACCGAGCACCUGCGAGCAAGGCCCAGGGGCACGGAGCAGGGGCGCAGGGUCUGCAGCUCCGUGCCCGGGACCGAGACGCGCCCCUGCUCCUGGCCUGACUCUGCGGCUGGCACGUGCUGGCGGCGGUUCCCACAACCUCGCAGGCAGUGGGUGCAGAGGGGCCUGGCGCUCCCGGGGGGGCUCCACUCACCUCCGCUGAAUCCGCACCCGGGACUUGAGCUGAGGGCACCUCCCGCCGCCCCCAUGUCCCUCACCAAUUCACCCCGGGUCUGCUCCCUGCGGCGCGGCCUCCGGGUGAACGGCUCCGGGUGCCCGGGCGCAGGCCCGUCCCCGGGACGCGGUACUCGAUGGCGGGGCGCGGGCCGACCAUCCCCAAGUGCGGUUCCUCUGAGCCUGCCUUUGCCGAAACCGGUCGGAAUCCGUGUCGUGGGCCCAAUGGCACGCGGACCGGGCUCCUGUCUCCUGACUUCGUGGGCGCUUGGCCGUGCUCGGACAUGACCCGGCGGAGACGGCCACAGGCACAGUGUCCGGCGUCCAUCACGCGAGCCCCGCCGGUCGUCUGCUACCCCACCCCCAGAAUGCAGCCAUACGUUUAUUUUCCAAAACAGAAAUUGUUUCUGUAAACGUGCUCCUCCUCCAAAUAAAG